UGGUGGUGGGACUCAUUUCAGUUACAAUCAGCAGUAGUCUCGUGUUUGAACUCUCUCUUUACUUCUCUCUCCAUCCCUCCUUCCCCUAUCUUGCUCUCUCUCUCCCCCCUCUCCCCGCAUACUAUCUCUCUCUUUUUUCUCCUUCUCCUGUGUUCUCUCUCCUCUUUGCUCGCCUGUUAAGAUUAUUCACUCAUAACUCAGAGGACCCAACAUCCUAGCUGAGUCCAGACUGGAGCCAUGGCUCCAGAAAAGGAAAGCAAUGGUCUUGAAAACUACGCAUUUGCUAUUGAUGGGCGUUUCUGUGAUCUGGAGAAGGAUGGAGAGGGUUCGGAUCUCUCUGAGGAGGACGACAAGAACAAACUGGCUUACUGUGUCACAGACAUCCCACCCUGGUACCUUUGCAUCAUUCUGGGCAUCCAGCAUUGCCUGACAGCGUUUGGAGGGAUCAUCGCCAUCCCUCUGAUCCUGUCUCAGGGUCUGUGUCUGCAGCAUGACAGCCUGACCCAGGGUCACCUCAUCAGCACCAUCUUCUUUGUGUCAGGCGUGUGCACCCUGCUGCAGGUCACCUUUGGAAUCAGACUGCCCAUUCUUCAGGGGGGUACUUUCACCUUGCUGGCUCCCUCCAUGGCCAUGCUGUCGAUGCCAGAGUGGACAUGCCCUGCCUGGACCCAGAACGCUUCCCUGGUCAACACCACCUCUCCUGAGUAUGUAGAGGUGUGGCAGAGCCGCAUGCGAGCGCUACAGGGCUCCAUCAUGGUGGGCUCCUUGUUCCAGGUCCUGGUGGGUUUCUCUGGCCUCAUCGGUCUCUUCAUGCGUUUCAUUGGUCCCCUUACCAUCGCACCCACCAUCUCUCUGAUUGGCCUGUCCCUAUACGACUCAGCUGGAAUGAAUGCAGGGAACCACUGGGGCAUCUCAACUAUGACGACUGCUCUGAUCAUCCUGUUCUCCCAGUACCUCCGACACAUCCCUGUACCAUUCCCCACAUACAGCAAGACCAAGAAACUCCACACCUCCAAGAUCUACAUCUUCCAGAUUCUACCAGUGCUCCUUGGCAUCACACUGUCAUGGCUGAUCUGUUACAUCUUCACCAUCUCUGACGUCCUGCCCUCACAGCCGGAGCAAUAUGGCUACCUGGCUCGCACAGACCUGAAGGGGGAUGUCAUAGUCCAAGCCCCCUGGUUCAGAUUCCCAUACCCAGGUCAGUGGGGCUUACCAACUGUGAGCCUGGCAGGAGUGGUAGGGAUCUUGGCUGGGGUGAUAUCCUCCAUGAUAGAGUCGGUGGGGGACUACCACGCCUGUGCCAGGCUGUCAGGGGCCCCUCCUCCCCCAAAGCAUGCCAUCAACAGGGGCAUUGGCAUCGAGGGGCUUGGCUGUCUGCUGGCUGGGGCCUGGGGCACAGGCAACGGAACCACCUCCUACAGUGAGAAUGUGGGAGCAUUGGGGAUCACCAAGGUGGGCAGUCGAAUGGUGAUCGUUGCUGGUGGCGUCUUGCUGAUCAUCAUGGGACUGUUUGGUAAAAUUGGAGCCAUUUUCACCACCAUCCCCACACCUGUGGUUGGAGGAAUGUUCUUGGUCAUGUUUGGGGUCAUAUCUGCAGCUGGAGUUUCAAAUCUGCAGUAUGCAGACAUGAACUCCUCCCGGAACAUCUUUAUCUUUGGGUUUUCCAUGUUUUCCGGGCUGGUCAUUCCAAACUGGAUAUUCAAGAACCCAGAUGCCAUAGCAACAGGUGUGGUUGAGCUGGACCAACUGCUGCAGGUGCUUCUGACAACCAGCAUGUUUGUUGGAGGCUUCUUUGGGUUCUUCCUUGACAACACCAUUCCUGGAACCAAGCGAGAGCGAGGCAUCAUAGCCUGGAACAAGAUCCACCUGGACGACUCCAGCAACACCUUGGAGAGUAGCGAGGUGUACAACCUUCCAUUUGGAAUCAGCUCUUGCCUCUCCUCCUACACCUGGGUUCGAUAUGUGCCGUUCCUCCCUCUGAAUGCACCCAGCUCACAGGACAAGCCCGGGGUGGACUCUUUGGACACCAGGAAGCAACCUGGGAAGCCAGAGCCCUCACAUAUCAUCAGAUCAGUGGCCCUAUGAACACUGAGCAAGCCCAGACUCUGGCUAAAACAACAACAACAAUAACAAAGGCAGCUCUCGUGACUUGGACCAGCUGUCCUGCUCUUAAGACACUGUAAAAGAACGCUAUCCAUACUUAUUUAGUCAGACAUUUUCUACUCACUUCUUGGCCAGAAUCAGAUCAGCAGUAACCCUCAUUAUCCAACAAACGCAUAGCUUUUCAUUGUUUUUGUUUAGGCAGUGUCGGAGGUGUAACUGCAUUAGAGCUGUAAUAAUCCACAAGCGGCUCCUGGCGUUAUCUAUCGCACACAUUGCCAUUGGAUGCACCCAGUAGCAUUAGUAGAAAUCCCAUGCAGUCACGUUACAAGUUCAAACACUGGAAUGUGGGAUGUAAUGUACAUCUUGAUUAGGUUGAUAUAAAUCCCUAUUAUGUUGUUUAAUGA